UUAAUAAUUCAAACCAUAAGGACCAUUUAAUCUCAUAUUCUAAUGUCUCAAAGGUGUUGGAAUUCAUAGAAUUCAAUCCUCCCCUAAAGUCAAUGUUAAACAAACUCUUUGGUAUCAAAAAACAGAACACGGCGGCCGAGAGGAGAAUUGAUCCUUCCCUCGGCCACCCUGGUCGGCCUAAGUCCGCCUUAUUCUCCGAGCUAGAACGGUCUAAUCUUUCUCUCGGUCGUCAUGGUCCGUCUAAAUUCACCUCGUUCUCCAUGCCGAAACGGUCUAAUCCUCCUUUCAACCACCAUAGUCCCCCUAAGUCCGCCUCGUUCUCUGUGCUAAAACGGUCUAAUCCUUCUCUCCGCCGCCGUGGUCCGUCUAAAUCCAUCUCGUUCUCCGUGCUGGAACUGUCUAAUCCUCCUCUCGGCUGCCAUGGUCCCUGUAAGUCCGCCACGUUCUCCGUGCUGGAACGGCCUAAUCCUCCUCUCGGCCGCCAUGAUCCGCCUGAAUCCGUCUCGUUCUCCGUGCUGGAACGGUCGGAGAUCCUAUCAUCUGUCUUGAAAAUCAUACAUGCAGGUGGGAUUGUUGAAUAUUACUACAUGGCAACUCCAGCAGCUAGGAUUCUUGAAAAAUACCCUUCUUUCAUUCUAGCCAGACCUGAUGUUUUCAGAAAGCCAUGGGAUUCAGUAGUCCACAAAGAUGAAAUCCUCAUCCCUGGCCAAAAAUACUAUGUUGUCCCACAACGUACCAUGAAAAAACUAAGGCGAAGAAUCAAGAAAUAUAGUGGGAUUAUCAAUACCAACAACCUUUCUUUUAUUUCACAAUCUGCACAAGAUUCAACUAAGGCACAACAUAGUAUUAUCAAAACCAAGUCAUCUGGUGAUAAAACUAAGGCGCUAAAUCGUCGUGUUAGGUUUUUUGGGAUUGAUUGUAAGCAAGAUUCUUGUUCAGUUUCAUUGGAGAGCAAGGAAAAUAGAGAGGAAGAUCAUGGGGAAAGGACUAGGAAUGUAUUAACAUGGCAGCCAACACUUACUGUGAUAAAUGAGAAGAAUGAGGAGCUUAUAUAAGGCCUUAAAGAUGUGAUUGGAGCUGCAUUGAAGCAAGAAAGACUCCUAGGAGCUGAGUAAGCGAGACGACGAGAAAAAGAAUCGACCAAAUGAAGGCCUGGACUAGCGCGGCCAUUAGCGCGACCGCGCUAGCCCAGAUGGUCGAGGCAGAAUGGUAAGGCUACUAGCGCGGCCAUUAACGCGGCCGCGCUAGCCCAGUUCCGGAAAAUAAUUCCUGGGGGUAAAUUUGGAAGUCUGGGGGGCAAAUUCACUUCACCUAUAGAAGGUCAAACUCGCCCAAGGAGUGUGCGGCAGCUUUUGAUAGCUGAUAGCAAGAAAAGGAAAGGCAAGAGGCAAGGAGGAGUAUUCUACAUCAAGUUCUUCUCUUCUUCCUUUUGUUUUUAUGAUUUGUAAUGAAUUUAAUUAUUGUGAUGAACAUCACUGUUAUGAGUAGCUAACUCUUUUAAUCUAAGGCUUUGGGUGAACCCGU